UGGAGGGUGGCGGGCCGGGGCUGGGGCCGGGCCCGGCUUCGCCUGGUUAUCCUGUGGCGAUCCUGGGUCUUCCUCUGCAAGAGGCCUCGUUACCGGAGCCCCGGCAGCCCGGCUGGAGAAGCCCAGUGGGGGCUGCGGCAGUCAGAUCAAACCGGGCAGGGCCAGGCUGCCCUGCGGGCUCUCGCUCGGCCGGUGCUAUGUUAGGGGCUUACAACAACGGCCCGUCCAACAGCACGUUUCGGUUGUUAACCGGCCACGUUACAAGCACUGACCCAGAGGAUCGCAGAUUGCAGCGGCAGCAAAGCCCGUGCCUCAGCCAGCUCCCCCAGCUCCUGCUCCCCCUCUGUCUCUGCAGGUACACUUCCCAUCAUGGUGAAUGAGAGGUGUAAUGGCAACCUGCUUGUGCCUCUGGGACCCAAACUGCAGGCCUGCCCAGAGCAGCUGCUGCGGCAGCGGCGAGGCCACGAUGGGCAGCCCGAGUACCUGAUCCAGUGGAGAAUCAUCAGCCUGGAGGAGAGAGCAGCGGGCGGCAGCAGCGCCUCCUCUGCAGAGACCAAGCCGGAGAACAUCUCCAUGUGGAUGUCUGCAGAAGAGGUCUGUGCCAGCUGCCCGGCGCUGCUGGGCCAGAGGAAGCUGGAAGGGCAGUGUGUGACAGGGGAGAAGGCAGCCGGCCCGUCUGCUGCAGAUGUCCUGGGGGAUGAAGCCUCGCUGCUGGAGAUGAAGGCUGAUGUCAGGAGCCUGGUGCAGCGAGCUGGCCGGCAGAUGGCUGAGUCCAGGGCCCCCGAGUCCUCCAUCCUCAACAUCAUCCACGUGCUGAGCGCAUACGCCAGCAUUGGCUCGCUGGUGGGUGCCUUCAAGGAGACGGGAGCCCUCGACUUGCUGAUGAAGAUGCUGUGCCACAAGGACAAGCAAAUCCGCCGCAGUGCCGGCAAGAUGCUGAGGGCCCUGGCUUCGCAUGAUGCGGGGAGCUGGGCCUAUGUCCUGCUGUCCCUGAGCCAGCAGGAUGGCAUUGAGCACCACAUGGACUCUGACAGUCGCUACACCUUGCUGGAGCUGUUUGCUGAAACGAUGUCCUCUGAAGAGCACUGCAUGCCCUUUGAGGGGAUUCACCUUCCCCAGAUCCCUGGGAAGCUGCUGUUUAUCCUGGUGAAGCGCUACCUGUGCGUCACUUCUCUCCUGGACAAGCUCAGCAGUGGCGUGGAGCAGGGAGGGGAGCAGCAGGCCUGCACUGUGCCCAGCCCGCUCCCUGAGGACAAGAGCCGUGUGAAGCAGGAGUUUGAGUUCAGCAUGGCCAUGGCAAACCUCAUCUCGGAGCUGGUGCACGUGAUGGGCUGGGGCCACAGCCACAAGCCAGAGCCACCGCCCCGGCAGGAGCCGCAGCCUCGCACCACCCGCUCCAUCUUCCAGCACAGGGCCACAUCCUGCACUGCCGCUCAAGCAGCCCCCGCUCCCGCACCAAAGGAGCCCGUCGUCUUCAAGACGCGCUCGGCCUUCCCGAGCCGCAGCAGCUAUGUGGAGUACGUGCAGGCGCGGCUGGUGCGGGGCAUGCGGGUGCGCAUGCUGGAGGACUACGAGCAGGUCAGCGCGGGCGACGAGGGCGACUUCCGCCAGAGCAACGACGGCACGCCGCCCGUGCAGGUGUACUGGCAAGCCCUGGGCUGUACGUACUGGGUUCACUGGCACAUGGUGGAGAUCAUUGGUCCUUCAAGGCAAGAGGAGCAUGAGGGCCAGGAGAAGGUGUCCGCCCUGGCACACAACUGCAAACCAGCAGCAGUUGCACAGCCGUUUUUCUGCAAGCCCUCUGGGGGGCUGUACUCCCUGCCUUACCUGGGGGAGCAGUCAGCCAAGGCUGCAGAGGCCCUGAGCCGGGCCGAGUGGUGGGAGCUGCUUUUCUUCGUGAAGAAGCUGGAGGCGCAGGAGCAGAAGGAGGUCAUGUGUAUCAUCCAGCAGGAGCAGGGAGAGCAGCUGCCGGAGGGGGAUGAAGAAGCCCUGAUCCAGCUGUCGGUACCUGUGGAGCUGGCCCAAAAGGUGCUGCAGGUCUUGGAGAGGCGUUGCCAGGGCAGCGCUCAGCGUGACCUGCGCGGCUCCCACGUCUACGCCAAGUACUCCCUCAGCAGGGAGGCCGAGCAGGAUGGCGACCGGAGCACUGCGGUGUCCUCGGAGGGUGCUGGCUGCAGGAGCCCUGAAGCCACGGUGGCCGAGGCACCAAAGGAAGACCUGUCCACAGCUCCAGUGCUGCCCCAAGCCCCUGCUGUGGCAGUGAAGUCGGAUUCUCAGCUGUACAGCGAGCUCCUGGAGAGGGAAGGAGUGUCCCUCCCAGAGGUGACGGAGGAGCAGAGCGAAGCGCUGGGCAGCUCCGAGGGGCUGAGCGAGAGGGGCUCGCUGGCCAAGAUUGCAGCCACGGUGGAUGUGAUCCAGAGCAGCAGCUCCGAGCUGGGGCUGCGCUUGGCAGGGCUUAAGCACAUCCUGAAGAUCCUGGAGGAGGAGCCCGAGCAGCAAGGCAGCAAAGCCCAGAGCGGACUGGGGACCAGGAGUGUUGGGGAGAAGUUGGUGAAGGUGGCAGUGGAGCUGCUGGGCACGGAGGCGGCAGAGAAGGCCGUGGUGGUGGUGACGCUGCGUCUGCUGGCCAUGCUCAUGGCCAAGCACGACUGGCGCGUGACGUUCGCCAUGGAGGGCGGCGUGCGGGCCGUGCUGGCCUGCAUGCAGCAGCACGCCUCCUCCGCUCUGGUGCAGCAGGCUGGCCUGGCAGCCCUGAAGGUGCUGGUGGGAGCUGUGGCCGGCGAGCCAGGAGGUGCUGGUGGGAAACUCUUGCCCCUGAAGCAGGCUGACGCGCAGCUGAUUCGGGAGAUCUUUGCCAGCAUCGGCUCUGCCUCCAGCAAGGGCUCGGCGAGCCUGCUGAGUGCCAUCCCUGCUGCCCUGAGCACCAUGCAGAGCGUCCCCGGGGGCUCCUCGGGUGUGCAGAACGGCUUGCUGGUGGUGAACAUGCUGAUCGACGGCCACCGGGGCCUGGCGGAGCAGCUGGCGAGCUGCGAUCUCCCCGCGGUGCUGCAGAGCUGCUGGAGGGACGGGCAGAGCCCCGGCUGCCCUCACGCGACGCUGGCCCUGGGCGCCAUCAACCGCCUGGCGGAGCACGGGCUGCCCCUGGGCCCGCAGACCGCAGGCAGAGAGGCACCGCUGGACCUGGGGGACGUGCGGAGGCUUCUGAGCGGGCUGGGGGACGGCGUCUUGUCCAAGGACGUGGUGGUGGCCCUGGAGCGGCAGCUCUGCGGCGAAGGCCCCGUCCCCUCUGGCGCGGCGGCCCGGCUGCUGCAGGACCACCGAUGCUUCCGGCCGCUGCUGCGCAGCUUCGAGCUGCUGGGGGCAGAGAAGGGCGUGAGCCUGAGCAUCCUCAGGAUCCUGAACAAGAUCCUGGAUGGUUACCAGGAGGAUGUGCUGCCCUGGCACGAGUGUGUGGAGCCCUGUGUGUCCUCCCUGAGUGCCCACAGCAGCGACCGGGAGGUGCUGCAGGAGGUCAUUGGCUUCCUGCACCGCCUGGCCACCACCAGCAAGGACUGCGCCGUGGUGAUGUGCUGUGUGGGCACCCACGAGGCUCUGUCCAAAGCCCUGAACAAGCACAGCACGGCCCCGCCGCUGGCGCCAGCCCUGCUCGCCCUGGUGGGUGACUGCGAGAAGCACGCUGACAUCUCCAAGAAGCUGAUGACCAGCAUCUUGGCUGGCUGCAUCCAGCUGGUGCUGGGGCAGAUUGAGGAGCAUCGCCGGAGCCACCAUCCCAUCAGCAUCCCCUUGUUCGAUGUCUUUCUGCACAACCUGUGCCAGGGCUCCAGCAUGGAGGUGAAAGAGGAGAGGUGCUGGGAGAAGGUGGAGGUCUCUUCCAACUCCCGAUGGGCCAGCAAGCUCAUGGACAGGAAUCCCAUGACCUACUGGGAGUCAAACGGCAGCACCGGCUCCCACUUCAUCACUGUGCACAUGCAGUGUGGUGUGGUGGUCAGGGAGAUGAGCAUGCUGGUGGCCAGCGAGGACUCCAGCUACAUGCCGGCCCGUGUUGUGGUGCUGGGGGGAGACAGCCCUGCCACCGUCAGAACCGAGCUCAAUGCGGUGACCAUCCUGCCCUCAGACAGCAGAGUGAUCCUGCUGGAGAACAUGAGCCGCUUCUGGCCCGUCAUCCAGAUCCGGGUGAAGCGGUGCCAGCAGGGCGGCAUUGACACCCGUGUGCGUGGCAUCGAGGUGCUGGGUCCAAAGCCCACUUUCUGGCCCAUCUUCAAGGAGAAGCUGUGCCAGCGGACGUUCCUCUCCUGCACUGCUCGGACUCAUGCCUGGUGCCAGGAGAUCUGUCGGGACCGGGGGCGACUGCUGCAGCUCUUUGGCAGGCUGAACCGGGCGCUGCGGCACGAGCAGAGCUUCGCCGACCGCUUCCUCCCUGACAAUGAGGCGGCGCGGGCCUUGGGCAGGACGUGCUGGGAGGCCCUGGUGACCCCGUUGGUGCAGAGCAUCACCAGCCCAGACCCUGACGGCGUCAGCCCCCUGGCCUGGCUGCUGAGCCAGUACCUGGAGAGCGUGGAGCCGCCCUGCCGCACCAGGAGCCCUGGUGCUGCCUUUGGUUCCCGUGUGCGGCGCCUCACCCAGCUCCUGGUGCACGUGGACCCCGGUGGCUGGGAGCCGGAGGAGGCGAGAGCAGCUGGUGGGAAGGAGGGGAAGAACAAGGAGGCACCGGCCAGGCCUGCGAAGGUGGUGGUGGAGAAGUCAAGCAGCCUGUGGGGCAUCUCGCAGUGCUGGCGUGGCGUGGUGCAGCAGCAGGUGCAGCGGUUCCUGGAGGCAGCCGGGCAGGCGCCUGACCUCGUGGAGCGAUACUGCGGGCUGUACCAGCGCCUGCGCGGCGCCACGGAGGAGCUCUUUGGGCAGCAGGCUGCCUUUGCGCUGGCCCUGGGCCAGGGCUUCGCAGGGGCUUUGCUGCAGCUCUCCUUCCUUACUGCCCUGCACGUCAGUGAGCAGUUUGCCCGCUACCUGGACAGGCAGAUCCAGGAGCUCCGCGGGGCUGUGGGCAGCACAGGGCCACUGCAGCAGAUCCUGGAGCCCUUUGUUGUCUUCAGUGGCCUGGAGCUCGCCCACACCUUCGAGCACUUCUACCGGCACUACCUGGGCGACCGGCUCCUGGUGCAAGGGCCAUCGUGGCUGGAAGGAGCCGUCGUGGAGCAGAUCGGGCUGUGCUUCCCCAGCCGCUUCCCCCAAGACAUGCUGAGCAACCUGGCCGAGUCGGAGGAGCUGCAGCGGCAGUUUCGCCUCUACCAGCUGCAGGAGGAGGACAAGCGGCUGCUGGAGCUGGACAUGGGCCUGGACGAGGCACUGGGGACGGCCUCGGUGGCGGAUGUGCCGGAGGUGACGGUGCUGGCCCUGUCCCCGCGCUGCUGGCCUGUUUCGCCGCUCUGCCACAUGGACCAGCCCUGGAGGUUGUUCUCGGCGGCGCUGAGCUGUCCCCUGGACGAGUUCACCGACUUCUGCAGGCGCAGCCAGAGCCGGCUGGGCUGGGAGUGCACAAAGCCCUGGCGGUUGCAGUGGACAUGGCUGGGCCAUGCCGAGCUGCAGUUUGGAGACUGCGUCCUCCACGUGUCCACGCUGCAGAUGUACAUCCUGCUGUGCUUCAACAGUGCUGAGGAGGUGGCUGUGGAGGCCCUGCUGCAGGUCACAGGGCUCCCUGCUGACCUGGUGCACCACGCACUGGCACCGCUGACUCACGGCGAGGGCGUCCUGGUGUGGAGCCGCCCAGCGCGAGCUCCAGGCACGCUGCGGCUGAACCAGGCAGCCCUGGCCCAUGCCUCUGGCCGCCACCUGAGGCUGCUGCCCCAGCAGAGGUACCUGCGGGUGGAGAGGGCUGAGGUCAGCGCCCUGGAAAGGAAGAGGAACAUCCUCUGCUGCCUCAUCACCCGCAUCCUCAAGGUGGAGAAGCAGCUCCACAUCGGCAACCUGGUGUUCAGGGUGAUUGAUGCCUGUCAGAAGGGCGAGCUGGGGCCAGGGCUGCAGUUCCUGAGCUUCUGCUGCCACAGCGUGGACGUGCUGUCCUGUGUGCUGCACCUGCUGAACCAGGGCUAUCUGCGGCGCCAGGAGGAGAAGCCUCAUAUCUUGGAAUACAUCUCUGCUGAACCCACGACACCACCUACCUCUCAGGUCCAGCCCCAGGUCACCUUCCAGACUGUUGAGAUCAAGACAGCUGCAAGACCAGCCUCUGCCAAAAGGAGACAGACUUUUUCCACCUUCAGGUAGAGGAGGAUCCGACGGACACGGGCUGGGUCCGGUCUGUCUCUUCCCAAACACUUGUGGAUUUUAUUGUCAAUAAACAAGCCCAGUUCCACCCGU